UUGGACACUUCACAAUAGAGUUGAUAUACUGUAGAAUUGGAUUCAAGUGUAGAAUUAAAGGGACGAUAAAGACCUAGCACGUAAACAUAAAAUAUCAUUUUAUUAGAUCUACUGUGAAUCAGGGAAGAGUAACAUUGACGUAUUGUCCAACGGAUGACAUGGUAGCUGAUAUCAUGACAAAACCUGUAACAAAGUUCAAAUUGAAGUUUGACAGUGUUAUUUUUGGAAUUUGAAAUGUAAAAGUUCAUUUGUUUGUUAAAAAGGGCAUCAACAUGAGAACAAGUGAGGGUGUUGAGAGAAAUGUUGGGAGAAAUAGUUUGUAUUCAUGUGUCCUCAGUUGACAUUGAAAUAAUGUUCCUAUUGCUUGUUAUUAUUGACAUAUUAGUUUUUCACCACAAGAUGGCAGGGUGGGACUUGAUUGUCUAAAGUGCUACUUCUUUUUGUAUGACUUUGAUCACUUUGAAUUGUGGGAUUGCCUGUGAAGACAGCAAUGAGAGAGGAUGUAUUCGCAUGUUGAUGGAAAUUAAAUACGACGAGUUUUGGUAAAAGACAACUUAUUCUCCGUCAAUUACUCAUACGAAUGCAACGUAAUGCUGCAACCACCUCAACAAAGUCAAAGAAGAGGAGGAGUCGUAUUUGUCGUUGUUUUCCUCGGAUGAGUCGGCGUCUCGGAGAGUAAAAGUGACGGCAGCGUGCAAACGGCGGACGUGUGUGACGCUGGUGUGACGUGGCUCCGUGACCUAUUCAAAAAGAAACUUUAUUGAUGCUUGCAAGAGCAAGAGAAGGAGCGGCAGAUGCACAUUGUCCAGAUGAGAGCCCAGAUGCCCGCUUAUUCUCUGCCCUAUGCACAGAUGCCCCCAAAAAGAGACGAGGCAGCCCUGCGCCGCGCUGCCGAAGAGGCUGAGAGGCAGAUCCAGCGGGCGCAGAAACUGGAGAUCAUGCGGCAGAAGAAGCAGCGCUUGCAAGAGCAAGAGAAGGAGCGGCAGAUGCGUCUGGAGCAGCAGAAGCACACUGUCAAAAUGAGAGCCCAGAUGCCCGCUUUUUCUCCUCCCUACGCACAGAUGCCCCCAAAAAGAGACGAGGCAGCCCUGCGCCGCGCUGCCGAAGAGGCUGAGAGGCAGAUCCAGCGGGCGCAGAAACUGGAGAUCAUGCGGCAGAAGAAGCAGGAAUACUUGGAGAUGCAACGGCAGCUGGCCAUCCAGCGCUUGCAAGAGCAUGAGAAGCGGCGGCAGAUGCGUCUGGAGCAGCAGAAGCACACUGUCCAGAUGAGAGCCCAGAUGCCCGCUUUCUCUCUGCCCUAUGCUCAGAAUGCGGCAUCGCAGGCCCAGAGCCUACCCCCCAUGACCCAGGCUGCCCCAACCAACGGCAUGGGGUAUAUGGGCUAUCCUGCCUACAGCAUGCAGAAGAUGAUAUCAACUCUUCCAGGGCAGGACCCUAACAUGGCUGUCCAACAGCAGUACAUGCCCGGCCAGCAGCCCAUGUACCAACAGGUGGCGUCUCCCGGUGGCCCCCAGCAGCCAGCUCAGCCAACCCCGCAGCAGCUGCCACCGCAUCAGCAGCACCACCCCCCUGCCCAGGUGGUCCCGGGCAGUGCGGAGGCGCAACUCAUCUGUUUUGACUGAAAGCUGCUGCUGCUUGCUUGCUUUCUCUAAUCAGGCCUCGCACACUACUACUCCCCCACUUCUGAUCAUUCACAUCUCCACUGUCAUGUCGUGGCAAUGUGAAAUCUUGUGAUGAUCUCUUUACAUUAGUGUGGGUGAAAAAAUGGGGUGAGCUAACCCUCAACCGAUUACCUGUUCCUUGUAUUUCCUCCUUCACAAGUAGUCUCUUAACAAUGAAAUAAGAAAAUACUAAUUACAGGGGAAGAAACACAUGGCAAAAAAGCAUGUUGAUUUUAAUUGUAUUCCAAAGUGGACCCUGUCUGAACACUUUAUUUUUUGACUGAGAGGUGUUUGAAAGACACGCGUGUGUCUUUAAGGAAGGGAGGGGCUUGGAACGAACAGCACUAACACAUCUUCAGGAUCACAGCUUAACAUUCCGCUUGUCUGUUCCACUUUUCUUCGUUGUAAAGUGUUUUCAAUAUUUAAAAAUAGUUAUGGAUUCAUGGUUGAACCACUGAAGCUAUACAGAGAAUACAAAUAAAUCAUAAUGUAAAUCAUGAAAAA